GAACCCACCACCGCGUAGAUCCACCUCCCCCCCUCGAAUUCGCUUGCACCGCGUGCCUUCGCAUAACCCGCAUCCUGCACCAUUUUUCAUCACAACCCAACUCGCCCAUACCCACCUCUCCACCUCCACCUUUGCUUCUUCCUUCCACUGUCGUCGCCUGUGCUCCGUUGCUCGCCGAGCGCUCUUUGCUGCUACGGUGCCUGCAUUGCACGGUGUGGUUUCUCUCCGCACAUUGCGCUGCGUACCAGUGGUCUCGCUUUUGAAGUGUGUGGUCGGUUUCUCGAUUCGUGUGGUGACAUUGCAAUAAAUGGCAGAAGGAUUUUUCAAUAAAGUCAGCGACAAAAUUGAGAAUUUUUUUGGGGGAGGCGACUAUUUGCCGUGGACAGACUCAGAAAUGAUUGCUAGCUGUGAAUUGGAAGCUUCUUGUGAAAAGGCUGCUGCACCCAGUGAGAACACUGAGAGUGUCAUGCGAUUGUCAUGGGCUCUUGUCCAUUCACGAAAUGCAUCGGAUGUGCAGCGUGGUAUCGCCAUGUUAGAAGCCGCAUUGGCAGGCGUAGGAGCACCCUUGCAAAAGAGAGAAGUUUUGUACUUGCUGGCAGUGGGCCAAUUCCGAGCUGGCGAAUAUGCUAGGAGUCGGCGUCUUGUCGACCAAGCUCUCAAAAUGUCGCCAGAUUUUCGACAGGCUUUGGCACUAAAGAAUAUGGUCGAGGAUAAAAUUGCCAAGGAUGGUUUGGUUGGAGUUGGCAUAGCGGCUGCUGCAGUGGGUGUAGUAGCUAGUGGCAUUGCGGCUGCAGUUCUCGGAGGUCUCAAGAGAUGAAAUUGCUUUAGCUUCAGCGAGCUCAGUUAAUCAGCAUCUACUUCCCAGAUUUUGUAAGCUGUUCGAAGUGCGUUUUUGUUCCUCUUAGAACGGCCAGUAGUUAGUACUAAUACAAAAAAAAUACAAGCACGAGCAGAUUUUUAUAUUUGUACUCUUAAAGUUUUGUAGAUAGAAACAAAUGUUUGUAGAGAGCCUGUAUCUGCAGGAAAAAGCUUGCAUGUCUUCCGUAACGUGGAGUUUAACAUUUGGCAUUAAUGUUUUUAAAAUUUUGGAGGGUAACAAGUGUUUUCAACAGAAAUUAUCCUGGUGAAGGUCAUUCUUUUCAUCUUCAAUGUU